AUGUCAGGGCCUCCAGCAGCUUUAACAGAGAAACAGAAGCUACAACAACAGUUUCAAUUAUUUCAGGAAUCACUUCCAAAGGUGAAUCAGUUAGCAUUGACACUGCUGUUGAAUGAGACGAUUCCAUUAUCUAUGGCUGUUCAAAAAAGGUUAAAUGAAAGUGAAUUAAGCAAAAUGGAAAAUGAUGAUGAACUACAAAUAAAUGACAUCGAUCUGAAGGACAAAUUAUACAUUACACCUAAACUAGAUUUACCAUCGCAUAAAUUAAUUCAAGAAAUUUCAAAAUGUAAUGAAGAAGAUAAAUUAAAGGUAAUUGAACGGUUGAGGAAUAUUGGCUUUCAAAUUGGUAACAAAAUGAGUGAACUCUUAGUGUUUACAAAUAAUCCAAAUUUAGAGUUUAAAGAUAUGGAUCUUUUAUUAAUAAUGAAAUUUAUCUGUAGAGAUGUAUGGAAACAAUUAUAUGGGAAACAGAUAGAUAAUUUGAAAACAAAUCAUAGAGGAACAUUUUAUUUGUUUGACUAUGACUACAAACCAAUACAGCCAUUUUCAAUAGAAGGAGAUAAUUCAGAUGAGAAAACUCAAGAAAAGGAAUUAGAAUUGGUUAAACCAUUUUUAGAGAUCCCUGUAGGUAUUAUCAAUGGUGUUUUAUCAUCUCUAGGUUAUAACAAAGAAGAUGUCUCAUGCGAGGCUACAUUUGUAGAUAGACCAGAUGAAAAAUCCAAAGCUGCAUUCCCAAAGGGCAUAAGCUUCCAUGUUCAAAUACUGAAUCAAUAA